GAGGGAAGGGGAGGCGCUCGUGAGAUUCUUGCCUCAGGUGAGAGGAGUACCUUGACGGAGGGGGGGAGGGUGACUGCUGUGUAUUAGGCAGCUGAAGUCCUGGGUCGGACCUUUCGGCUCUCCAAACCAAAAGCCCGACCAUGCGAGGGAGAAACUCUGCGCCACCUCAAAGAAGGGCGAUUUGUUCUGGCGAAGAACCAGUGAGGGACAAGGCGAGGGCUUAGUGAAAAAGAAAGACCAAAUGGCAAAACAAUCUUCUGAUUUAAAUUCUGAGUGUGAGAGUGAAGGUGGACAAUUGCAGCCUGCUGAAAGGCCAGCUCAGCCUCCUCACCUUCGACCUGGGGCCCCUACCUCCUUACAAACUGAAUAUCAAGGUAAUCAUUUGGGUGAACUGGACAGUUCAUCACCCGGUAGCCCUCAGGGACCACUGGUACCACCCUCCAGUCCCAGUCCAUUUGCUACCAGAUCCCCGUUGUUCAUGUUUGUAAGAAGAUCCCCACUGCUGUCCAGAUCCUCCAGUGGGUAUUUCUCUUUUGACAUCGACAGGAGUUCUGCACCUAUGAAUUGUGACAAAGCUACACAGACUCCAAGUCCUCCGUGUCAAGCUAUCAAUCAUUAUCUAAGUGCAAUGGGUAAGCAAGAGCAUGCUUCCAGAUGGCAGUCACGGCCAAUACCUGAGGAUAUGCAGCCAGAAAUAUGGAUUGCACAGGAAUUACGACGUAUUGGAGAUGAAUUUAAUGCUUCCUACUGUCCAAGAAGGGGUUUAUUGGAUUACCAAGGAAUAAAUCAUCAGAUCAUAAUUUUGCGCCUCUUGCAUUACAUCGUCCGCUUCAUAUGGAGAAUGCAGUGACUAGGACUUCAAGAGGCCAUGAAUAUUGUUUACUUGGUUCUAGCAACAAAGCCCAUGAACAAUCUCUUUGGAUGCAGCUAAUAGCCGUUCCUGACUUGGGACAUCCAGCAGAUUCAAGGAGCAAGAGGACUCCAUAUUGAG